GGCGAGGGAGGAGGAAGAUGCGCUAGCAUCCUCACCGGCUCCCGGCAGGGAGAUGGUCCAGGAGCGCUGGGUGUGAGCCUGCCUCUCGUCAAGCCGGAGACUGCGGUUGUCAUUGAUCCGUUGAAGAAGCAGGACCCGAAAUCACAGACAUUAGCAAUGAUGUGUGAAGUGAUGCCCACGAUUAACGAGGACACCCCAAUGAGCCAAAGGGGGUCCCAGAGCAGUGGCUCGGACUCGGACUCUCAUUUUGAGCAGCUGAUGGUGAACAUGCUCGAUGAACGGGACCGUCUUCUCGACACCCUACGGGAGACCCAAGAAAGCCUCUCACUCGCCCAGCAACGACUUCAGGAUGUCAUCUACGACAGAGAUUCGCUCCAGAGACAGCUCAAUUCAGCCCUGCCACAGGAUAUCGAAUCCCUAACAGGAGGGCUGACUGGUUCUAAAGGGGCUGAUCCACCGGAAUUUGCUGCACUGACGAAAGAAUUGAAUGCCUGCAGGGAACAACUUCUUGAAAAGGAAGAAGAAAUUUCCGAACUUAAAGCUGAAAGAAACAAUACAAGACUGCUACUGGAGCAUUUGGAGUGCCUUGUGUCACGACAUGAAAGGUCACUAAGAAUGACGGUGGUUAAACGGCAAGCCCAGUCUCCCUCUGGGGUAUCCAGUGAAGUUGAGGUUCUUAAGGCGCUGAAAUCUUUGUUUGAGCACCACAAGGCCUUGGAUGAAAAGGUAAGGGAGCGACUGAGGGUUUCUUUAGAAAGAGUCUCUGCCCUGGAAGAAGAACUAGCUGCUGCUAAUCAGGAGAUUGUUGCCUUGCGUGAACAAAAUGUUCAUAUUCAAAGAAAAAUGGCAUCAAGUGAGGGAUCCACAGAGUCAGAACAUCUGGAAGGGAUGGAACCGGGCCAGAAAGUCCACGAGAAGCGUUUGUCCAACGGUUCUAUAGACUCGACUGAUGAAACUAGUCAAAUAGUGGAACUACAGGAAUUGCUUGAAAAGCAAAACUAUGAAAUGGCCCAAAUGAAAGAACGCUUAGCAGCUCUUUCUUCCCGAGUGGGCGAGGUGGAACAGGAAGCAGAGACAGCAAGAAAGGAUCUCAUUAAAACUGAAGAAAUGAACACUAAAUAUCAAAGGGACAUUAGGGAGGCAAUGGCACAGAAGGAAGAUAUGGAAGAAAGAAUCACAACCCUUGAGAAGCGUUACCUCAGUGCUCAGAGAGAAUCUACCUCCAUACAUGACAUGAAUGAUAAACUAGAAAAUGAAUUGGCAAAUAAAGAAGCCAUCCUACGGCAGAUGGAAGAGAAAAAUCGACAGUUACAAGAGCGUCUUGAGCUGGCUGAGCAAAAGUUGCAGCAAACUAUGAGAAAGGCUGAAACCCUACCUGAAGUAGAGGCUGAACUGGCUCAGAGAAUUGCAGCCCUAACAAAGGCUGAAGAGAGACAUGGAAAUAUUGAAGAACGAAUGAGACAUCUUGAAGGCCAACUUGAAGAGAAGAAUCAGGAACUUCAAAGAGCUAGGCAAAGAGAGAAAAUGAAUGAGGAACAUAACAAAAGAUUAUCCGAUACUGUGGACAGACUUCUGACUGAGUCCAAUGAACGCCUACAGCUGCACUUAAAGGAAAGAAUGGCUGCCCUAGAAGAGAAGAAUGUUUUAAUUCAAGAAUCGGAAACUUUCAGAAAGAACCUUGAAGAAUCAUUACAUGAUAAGGAAAGACUAGCAGAAGAAAUUGAAAAGCUGAGAUCUGAACUUGACCAGUUGAAAAUGAGAACUGGCUCUUUAAUUGAACCCACAAUAUCAAGAACUCAUCUCGACACCUCGGCUGAGUUACGGUAUUCAGUUGGAUCCCUAGUGGACAACCAGUCUGACUACAGAACAACUAAAGUAAUAAGAAGACCAAGGAGAGGUCGCAUGGGUGUGCGAAGAGAUGAGCCAAAGGUGAAAUCUCUUGGGGAUCAUGAGUGGAAUAGAACUCAACAAAUUGGAGUAAUCAGCAGCCACCCUUUUGAAAGUGACACUGAAAUGUCUGAUAUUGAUGAUGAUGACAGAGAAACGAUUUUUAGCUCAAUGGAUCUUCUCUCUCCAAGUGGUCAUUCUGAUGCCCAGACUCUAGCCAUGAUGCUUCAGGAACAGUUGGAUGCCAUCAACAAAGAAAUCAGGCUAAUUCAAGAAGAAAAAGAAUCUACAGAACUGCGUGCUGAAGAAAUUGAGAACAGAGUGGCUAGUGUGAGCCUGGAAGGCUUGAAUUUGGCAAGAGUCCACCAAGGUACCUCCAUCACUGCCUCUGUUACAGCUUCCUCACUGGCCAGUUCGUCUCCCCCCAGUGGACACUCAACGCCAAAACUCACCCCGAGAAGUCCUGCCAGGGAAAUGGAUCGGAUGGGCGUCAUGACACUGCCAAGUGAUCUAAGGAAACAUCGGAGAAAGAUUGCAGUGGUGGAAGAGGAUGGUCGGGAGGACAAAGCGACGAUCAAAUGUGAAACUUCUCCUCCUCCCACGCCUCGAGCCAUCAGGAUGACGCACACCCUCCCUUCCUCCUACCACAACGAUGCCCGAAGUAGUUUAUCUGCCUCUCUUGAGCCAGAAAGCCUUGGGCUUGGAAGUGCCAACAGCAGCCAAGACUCUCUUCACAAAGCCCCCAAGAAAAAAGGAAUCAAGUCUUCAAUAGGACGUUUGUUUGGUAAAAAAGAAAAAGCUCGACUCGGGCAGCUCCGAGGCUUUAUGGAGACAGAAGCUGCUGCUCAGGAAUCCCUCGGAUUAGGCAAACUGGGAACCCAAGCUGAAAAAGACAGAAGGCUGAAGAAAAAGCAUGAACUUCUUGAAGAAGCCCGGAGAAAGGGAUUACCUUUUGCCCAGUGGGAUGGGCCCACUGUGGUUGCAUGGCUAGAGCUCUGGCUGGGAAUGCCUGCUUGGUAUGUGGCAGCCUGCCGAGCCAAUGUGAAGAGUGGUGCCAUCAUGUCUGCUUUAUCUGACACUGAGAUACAGAGAGAAAUUGGAAUCAGCAAUCCUCUGCAUCGCUUAAAGCUCCGAUUAGCAAUCCAGGAGAUGGUUUCUCUAACAAGCCCUUCAGCUCCUCCAACAUCCCGAACUCCUUCAGGCAACGUUUGGGUGACCCAUGAAGAAAUGGAAAAUCUUGCUGCUCCAGCAAAAACGAAAGAAUCUGAGGAAGGAAGCUGGGCCCAGUGUCCGGUUUUUCUACAGACCCUGGCUUAUGGAGAUAUGAACCACGAAUGGAUUGGAAAUGAAUGGCUUCCCAGCCUGGGAUUACCCCAGUACAGAAGUUACUUUAUGGAAUGCUUGGUAGAUGCAAGAAUGCUAGAUCACCUAACAAAAAAAGAUCUUCGUGUCCAUUUAAAAAUGGUGGAUAGCUUCCAUCGAACAAGUUUACAGUAUGGAAUUAUGUGCUUAAAAAGGUUGAAUUAUGACAGAAAAGAACUAGAGAGAAGACGAGAAGCAAGCCAACAUGAAAUAAAAGAUGUGUUGGUGUGGAGCAAUGAUCGAGUUAUUCGCUGGAUACAAGCUAUCGGUCUUCGAGAAUAUGCAAAUAAUAUUCUUGAGAGUGGUGUGCAUGGUUCACUGAUAGCCCUGGAUGAGAACUUUGACUACAGCAGCCUAGCUUUAUUACUACAGAUUCCAACGCAGAGCACCCAGGCACGGCAGAUCCUGGAACGGGAAUACAAUAACCUCUUGGCUCUGGGAACUGAACGACGACUGGAUGAAAGUGAUGACAAGAAUUUCAGACGUGGGUCGACCUGGAGGCGGCAGUUUCCUCCUCGUGAAGUCCAUGGAAUCAGCAUGAUGCCUGGGUCCUCAGAAACAUUACCAGCUGGAUUUAGGCUAACCACAACAUCUGGGCAGUCACGGAAAAUGACAACAGAUGAUGCCGUCUUUUCAGUCUACUCUACCUAAAGUGCACUACCAUCCAAGAGGACAAGCAGUGAAAACCUUUGUGAAGAUGAAGUUCUCAUGAUAAGUAAUGGU